AUGCAUCACCCAGUCGUACCAACUCCAAAAGUCGUCAACAUCUUUGAAGAUGGCAAGCCCAUCGACAUUGCCACCCCAUUCGACCUCGCCCGUAUCCAAGCGCAGUACAUCCCUCUCUUCCAGGGAAAACAAUUCACCUCAAAGGUCCUCCCUGGCGUGAACCAAAUCUGCUACGUUAUCACUGGCGAGGGCAGCUUGACCAAGGACAACAAGAGCGCACCCCUCCGUGUAGAUGACUGCUUCUCCUUUGCGGCUGCCAAAGAUGUCGAGCGCACGUACACAGUCGACGCAAAGGAAAGUGACAUGGGUCUCUUAGUCAUCUCAGACACUCCACAUGUAAUGCCCGUCGUCCUUACAAAAGAACCACCUGCGUUCCCCAAGAUUAUCAACGCACCCUCUGUUUCCGUAUGGCGUGGCACUGCGAUCGACACUACCAAGUCUGCCAAACUCACUAAAGAGACGGAUAUUGCAGACCUUCCCAGCAUUCCAUGGCACUUGAAUAUCGAAAGGAUCCCCUCCCGGCACCCAGUCAUCCAACGCACAUGCCCAUUCUGCCGAAGACGAGGUGCCACUCCAGAAAAGAUUCUCAAGAGCGGCGACGUAGUCGGGUGGAAAGCCGGGACGGGUAUCGCCCACACCCUCCUCAACGACGCACAAAACGAACAAGGUGACGGCGAAGAUCUUGUUUUCCUUUGCUGGGGUGAAGAUCGCCCAGACGAGGAUAAAGUGUUUUACGCCGCUGCGUCGCCUUCGUGGUGGAAGCCCGAGGUUCGUUGGAUGGAACGUCCAGUUCACGGCCAAGGACAUGCCCCUCCCUUUCCCGUUUUCCCGCGGCCAGACGGUAAACCGUUCCCAGAGGAACCAAAGGCUGGAGCUCAAGGAUCUUGGUAG